AUGGAGGCGGAGGCGUUGGCCGCGUCCAUGCCAGCCCCGGGAGUCUCGACCGCCGUGUCUUUGGCCCUGGAGACGGCACGGUGGAUGGAGGAAGCGAUGCGCAUGGCCAAAGACGCCCUUGAAAAUACCGAAGUCCCUGUUGGCUGUCUUAUGGUCUACAACAAUGAAAUCGUGGGGAAGGGAAGAAAUGAAGUGAAUCAAACCAAAAAUGCUACUCGACAUGCAGAAAUGGUGGCCAUUGAUCAAGUCCUAGAUUGGUGUCAACGAAAUGGCCAGAGUCCUUCUGCUGUGUUUGAACGUACCGUGUUGUAUGUCACUGUGGAACCCUGCAUUAUGUGUGCAGCUGCUCUCGGCCUGAGGAAAAUCCCGCUGGUCGUCUAA